UAUUUCAUUUUACAAGUUUGACAAAACAUCUUUCGUGUGUUGAUUCCCUUAUAUAUACUUCACAAAAAAGAAAAAUAAACAAAAUGUUUAAGGAGCUCGUUUUGUGGAUGCAUCGUAUGGCCCACGACUUUUGCUUGGCUCGCCCAGUGACUCCGCCACCUCGGCAUGGAUGUCGUGUGCCAGUGAAGAAUGGAUUCUUCGCCAAUUUGAUAUUCUUUGUUGCCAUUGUGACGCCGCUGUACUUUUGCCUGCUGAAGGACGUGAUCGCCAUGAUCGCUGGGCCCAAGAAGCGCUAGAUUCCCACAGGACAUUACCUCGUUUUAAGUCAUAGCUUGGUCAGUCAAUGUAGUUAGAGUCAAAAGACACCCUUGUCAAAUACAUUUUGUGGCAUCGUU